AUGGCACCUCCUCGCGAUGACCCCACUAGUGCAAGCCCAGCUCACUUCGGUUCUUGCAAGUGCACCCCAAAAGCAUCGGUCACUGUCAAGAUUAGACACGCUCGUCGAAAGCCUUCCUUAACUGCCUCGAGCAAGCACUCCUACCGCUUCACCAACAAGGGAAUGGAACUAGUUGCCGACAAAGGGCCCCUUGUCUCUCGCACCAUCCCCGCCUAUGUCAUCAUUCAGGAAUACCGCGCCGCUGCUCGUCGGAAAGAACAAAACUCAUCUCCUCUCCGCCCAAACUGA